AUUACUAACGGUCUAAUGUAGUUUAUUAGAAAACGUACAAAUAUUGUGAGAAUAAUGCUAGAGGGGACUCAAGAGCAAAGGAAUACUCAAAUAUAAAGCAUAAAUGAAAGAAGAAAAACAAAAAAACUAAACGAAAAUCUAAAAAAGUUGUAUGCUAUAAUUUUUUGGGUGUGGACUUUUUCCUUUAGCAGUGAUAUUGAGUGCUCUUGUUUUUAUAGUUUUUCCUGUACCAACAAUAACAAAAAAUUAAACGAAAACUUUAUAAUUUGAUAAAUGAUUGUAUUUAAUAAUUACAAAACCACAAUUAUGAUUAUUUUAUAAAAGAGAAAAAAUAAAAUUGUGGUUAAAGAAUGAAAAAAUAUUUAUUUAAAAAACCUUUUAUUAAAAAAAGAGAGAGCAGAGCAAAAUGAUACACGGAUUUAUAUAAAUUUAUCUAUAUUUUGUGUAUGUGUAGUACAAUGUUAAAGUCCUUGAAACAUGUUAUGCAUGUAUGUCUACGUAUGUGUGUAUGUGUAUAUUUCCUUUUUCCCCACAUUGCAAUUUUUCACUUUAUAAAAAUUCUACUACUUGACUUAUUAAAAAACAAAUUAAAAUGUGAUUAAAAUACCAAAUUAAACUAUAAAUACUAAUUAUGAUCUUUUGAAAAAUAAAAUAUAAAAAAGAAAAAAAUAUAAAAAGGAGUGAAAACAGUAUUCUACAUAAACAGCAACGAAAUUCAAAAGCGAAAGCAACAAGAAGUUUAAGCCACAAUGACCAUCAGAAUUAAAAAGGAAAACCACGUCGAAACUCAAAUGUUUUAUAGAAAAUUUAAAUAGAAAGUGAUUUUUUGUUGUUUUCCUAGACGGCAUCUUCUUCUUCUCGAGUUUAUUACCAACCAGUCAAACAAACCCACCCAAAAUUAACCCACAUUUUAUAUUGCAAAACAAAAAAUCCAAAAAUUACAUGAGAAUAUACAAGAAAGUGCAAAAAAAUAAACAAAGCUAAACAACAGAUUCUAAAACAACAACAACCAAACAAAAAAAUAUAACCUUAAAUAAAAAAAGCUUAAGAGGCAAAGUUAAAAAAAAAACAAGUUGAAGUAACAAGCAAAAAAUAAAAAAAUAUAUAUAUAAUAAUAACGACCGUCCUUAACAAAAACAUAAAGUAAAAAUAAAAAUAAUAAAAGUAAUGUAAAAAAAUAAACUAAAUAAAUAACUUCUUCAUACAUUCAAAGAAAACAUUUGGUACAAACGACAAGUCGGCGAGUCUGACAGUCGACCAGUUUUUUCGUCAUUUAGCCAACAAGCAAUUCUUUUAAAAAAGAUCUAAUGUUGUAAUAGUUUUUGUUGUUUCUAUAUUUUAUUUCAUUAUAUUCAUUUUCUAUCGUCGUCGACGUCGUAGUCGUUUUCCUGGAAAGAUAUAAAAAUUCUUGCAUAAAAUUAUUUAUACGAGCAGAGCACUAAGAAAACUAUAAAUGUUUUUUAAUACAACUCAAAAUAUUUACAUAUAAAAAGUAGCAGAAAAACAACAACAUCAAAUACAAAAAAAAAACAACAACUAAAACAUUAAUCAUACGCCUCGAUGCCUCUUCAUUUGCUCAUCUAUAAUAAAAAGAAAAGAGUACAACACAACAAUAUCGAGUGAAGCUCAGCAGCCACAGUCAAAAACUAAAUAAACAUUAGAUGAAACCUUCGAAUCAAACGGCGAAAAAUUAGAAACUAAAGUAAUGUGUUUUUAUUCUGCCUGUAAAAUAACAAAAUGAAAUCUUUAGAAAAAGUUGCUGGCACAAUGUCCUGCUGUUUUCAAUAACAAAAAUUAAACAAACAAACAAAAAAUAGAUGAGAAGAGAAGAAUACAUUCAUUACGCCAGCACAAAAACAUUUGCAAUUUCAUUUUACGCCGAUUUCAAAUAUCUCUGUAGAAAAUUCAAGGCAUGAAAUGAAUUCUAUCCAUGAAUUGGAGAAAUUAAAGAAUAGUGCCACACAGAGACAACAAGAGAAAGACGGAGAUUGAGAAAGUUGGAAACUUUUCUAAUGUAAUAAAUACAAAUCCUUUCAAAAUGAAAAUUUAACCAAAUAUUUCGACUUUAACUAAAGACACCAACCACCUCAUUUUGAAACAGUGAAACGGAUGGGAACCUAACCGGAAGAGGGAGUAAACGAUUUAUAUUGCAAAAAUGAAAGGAUUUAAUUUAAGACAAGUGAAGGAAGGCUUAAACAGCAGGUACAAAUCAAAAAACUGCUGGAGUCUUAAACAGCAGCCACCACUAAGACUAAGAAAUAAGGCAGGUGGUAAAAAAACAAUUCAAAAAAAUCUUGAAAGUGAAAUUGAAUUACAAUUGAGAAGACAAACAUUCGAAUUGAACAUGGCACAACCCUACGAGAGAUGGAAAUUGGGACGUGGGGAAACAAUAACGACAACAGCAAUAAAAACAAGUUGUAAAUUUAACACCAAAAACACUGCCGAUUUUAAGUGUAUAAAACAAACUACAAUCAACACCUUCAGUAGGCAACGUUGCCAUCGUUUUCUUCAUAAAGAUAAACCAAACAAUAGCAGCGGAAGAAAAAACAGCAACAGCACUUGUGUUAAUAAUACCAAACAUCAUUUGAUACGAAAAAGUCCUGAAGACCCAACAACCAUUAACACUAAAACCAAAACCAACACCAGCACCAUAACCACCACCUCCAGUAACAGUAAUAACUACAAGAGCAACAAUUACAAUUAUUAUUAUAGCACAACUAAAUGUUUAAGUCCUAAAACAACACACUUUUUAAGUUUAGAAAAAACAACAACAACAGCGACAACUAGAGGAAAAGGAAGAACAAUAGCCACAACCAACACCUCAAAUUCAUCAUCAGCGAAAUCUGCCUUAAUCACAACUACCAACGACAAAAGCAACUACAAAAACAGCAUGAUUAACAACAACGAUUCAACCUCCAUUCCAUCUACAUCCUCCUCAUACCAAACCACCUUAAAAGUAAACAACUCCAGGACAAAGUCGACUACAACAACCGCUACAACUCCUCCACACUUCGUAACCAAACCCUCGAUAUUUUAUAUUAUUUUGCUUCUCGGUUUUAUUUUAUUGUAUUCAUGUCCUGCAACGCAGGCCAUCCGCUUAGCAAAUAGCAUAACGAAAAGUUCUUCGGCCAAUAAGGAACAAUUGUACAUCGGCCUAAUAGCGCCGCAUACAAAUUUUGGCAAACGAGAAUAUUUACGCGCCAUUCACACUGCCGUAUCGGGUCUCAAUAGAACGCGCGGUGCCAAAUUAACAUUUUUCAAAGACUAUCAAUUCGAACCAAGAAAUAUACGCUUCGACAUGAUGUCCUUAACACCAAGUCCAACCGCAAUCCUGAGUACACUGUGCAAAGAGUUUUUGCAGUUCAAUGUCUCUGCCAUUUUAUACAUGAUGAAUAAUGAACAGUUUGGUCAUAGCACGGCGUCGGCACAAUAUUUUUUACAACUUGCUGGUUAUUUGGGUAUACCGGUGAUAUCGUGGAAUGCGGAUAAUUCGGGUCUGGAGAGGCGUGCUUCACAAUCGACACUUCAACUUCAGUUAGCUCCAAGUAUAGAACAUCAAAGUGCAGCUAUGUUGAGCAUAUUAGAACGUUACAAAUGGCACCAGUUUUCGGUAGUCACCUCCCAGAUAGCCGGUCAUGAUGAUUUUGUUCAAGCUGUAAGGGAGCGUGUAGCUGAAAUGCAAGAUCAUUUUAAAUUUACCAUCCUCAAUUCAAUUGUUGUAACGCGUACUAGUGACUUGAUGGAACUUGUUAAUAGCGAGGCAAGAGUAAUGCUCCUCUAUGCCACGCAAAGUGAAGCAAUCACUAUUCUUAGAGCUGCUGAAGAUCUGAAGUUAACUGGCGAAAACUAUGUGUGGGUUGUCAGUCAAUCAGUAAUAGAAAAAAAGGAUGCUCAUCCCCAAUUCCCUGUGGGCAUGCUGGGUGUUCAUUUCGACACAAGCAGCGCAGCUUUAAUGAAUGAAAUAUCGAAUGCAAUUAAGAUCUAUGGCUAUGGCGUAGAAGCCUAUGUAUCAGAUCCAGCAAAUCAUGGAAAGAAAUUAAACACUCAGUCAUUGUCAUGUGAAGACGAGGGCAGAGGUCGUUGGGAUAAUGGAGAAUUGUUUUUUAAAUAUUUACGAAAUGUGUCGAUAGAUGGAGACUUGAACAAACCAAAUAUUGAGUUUACAGCCGAUGGUGACCUCAAGUCAGCAGAACUAAAAAUUAUGAAUCUUCGUCCUGGUGCCAACAAUAAAAACUUAGUAUGGGAGGAGAUCGGUGUAUGGAAGUCUUGGGAAACACAAAAACUUGAUAUUCGCGACAUAGCGUGGCCUGGCAAUUCACAUGCUCCACCACAGGGUGUUCCGGAAAAGUUCCAUUUAAAAAUUACAUUCCUCGAAGAAGCACCCUAUAUCAAUCUCUCGCCUGCGGACCCAGUUAGUGGCAAAUGUCUUAUGGAUCGUGGUGUCCUAUGUCGAGUGGCAGCUGAUCACGAGAUGGCUGACAUCGAUGUGGGGCAGGCUCAUCGCAACGAAUCUUUCUACCAGUGCUGUAGUGGUUUUUGCAUUGAUCUUUUAGAGAAAUUUGCCGAGGAGCUAGGGUUCACAUACGAACUAGUACGGGUUGAAGAUGGUAAAUGGGGUACACUUGAGAAUGGUAAAUGGAAUGGUUUAAUUGCCGAAUUGGUAAAUCGUAAAACCGAUAUGGUAUUGACCUCACUAAUGAUCAAUACAGAACGUGAAGCUGUGGUGGAUUUUAGCGAACCCUUCAUGGAAACGGGCAUUGCCAUUGUUGUGGCAAAACGUACCGGUAUUAUAUCCCCCACUGCUUUCUUAGAACCUUUCGACACUGCUUCCUGGAUGUUGGUUGGCAUUGUCGCAAUACAAGCUGCCACCUUCAUGAUCUUUCUUUUCGAAUGGCUUUCACCCAGUGGUUACGAUAUGAAACUCUAUCUUCAGAAUACCAACGUCACUCCAUACCGAUUCUCCUUGUUUCGCACUUAUUGGCUAGUAUGGGCAGUCCUCUUCCAAGCCGCCGUACAUGUAGACUCGCCAAGAGGUUUCACCUCCCGCUUCAUGACCAAUGUCUGGGCUCUGUUUGCCGUAGUCUUUCUUGCCAUAUAUACUGCCAACUUGGCUGCCUUCAUGAUAACGAGGGAGGAAUUUCAUGAAUUCAGUGGUUUAAAUGACAGCCGUUUGGUUCACCCCUACUCGCACAAGCCAUCCUUUAAAUUUGGCACUAUUCCUUACAGUCACACAGACUCCACAAUCAAUAAAUACUACAAGGAAAUGCAUUACUAUAUGAGACAAUACAACAAAUCAAGCGUGGCAGAUGGCGUUGCGGCUGUUUUGAACGGUAACUUGGAUUCAUUUAUUUAUGACGGCACUGUAUUGGAUUAUCUGGUGGCGCAAGAUGAAGACUGUCGUUUGAUGACUGUUGGUAGCUGGUACGCCAUGACAGGUUAUGGUUUGGCUUUUAGCCGCAAUUCAAAAUACGUCCAAAUGUUUAACAAACGUUUGCUAGAAUUUCGCGCUAAUGGAGAUUUAGAACGUUUGCGUCGUUAUUGGAUGACUGGUACAUGCAGACCUGGCAAACAAGAGCACAAAUCGUCUGACCCUCUCGCCUUAGAACAGUUCUUGUCAGCAUUUCUACUAUUAAUGGCUGGCAUUUUAUUAGCGGCACUGUUACUCCUGCUCGAACAUGUCUACUUUAAAUACAUACGUAAACGUAUUGCGAAAAAAGACGGAGGUCACUGUUGUGCUCUCAUAUCACUCUCAAUGGGAAAAUCGUUGACAUUUCGUGGUGCUGUCUAUGAGGCUACCGAAAUACUUAAAAAACAUCGAUGUAACGAUCCCAUUUGUGACACGCACUUGUGGAAAGUUAAACACGAACUGGACAUGACUCGUUUGAGAGUUCGGCAACUGGAGAAGACGAUGGAUAAACAUGGUAUAAAAGCUCCUCAAUUAAGACUUGCGUCAUCAUCGGAUUUAUUAAAUCAUCAUCAUCUCAAAGAACGACCUCCUUUGAUGGGAAAUUUGAGUUUAGCAGCAAGCGCACAAGAUUUAUACAGGUGGUCCUAUAAAACGGAAAUAGCGGAAAUGGAAACCGUGCUGUAAAGUUCAAAAUAUAAAUAGAAAAUCUUAAAUGCUGAAAAAAGUCAAUCCAACACAUAGUUAACCAUAACUUCUGUUCGCAGCAACAACACCAACAAAAUUGGAAAGAGCUAAACGUUUUUAAGGACAACAAGAAAAACCUUAUGGGUUUUAACAACAAAUGCAGAAAAAAAGUCUGUAUCUAUAAAAAAAAAACAAAAAAAAAACAAAAAAGAAAAAAAUCAAGCAACAUUUUGUGUGCCAUAUUUGUAAGUUAACAAUGAAAACAAAAGCCCAACAUUAAAUAAGUAAUACAUAUUUAACAAUAGAUACUGCUCGGCCAAGUCGAGCAUUUUAUAUCCUCCACUACUGAUACUCAAAACAAAUCAUUUAUUGUCAAUAUCCAUAACAAAAGAAAAACAAAUAGACUUGUUUGUGAAUACAAUGACUUUGGUAAACCAAUUUCCAACCAACAACUUCAUAAAUCUUUUCAUCUAAUUUAUUUAAAUUCGGGGACCAUUUGGCCACCGAAAAUAAUGUAGAAUAAUUUUACACAAUAAUCGUCCAACACAUUGAAAAAAAUACUUUUGACCAACAGCAAUGAUGGAGAGUAUAAAAGCCAACAAAAAAAGAAACCAAAAGUCAACAAAUACUUAUACAUGUACUACAUACAUACAUAUGUAGAUGCUUAGGAUCUAUAAAAAUACAAACAUAUUGCAUCCCAACAAACACAAAAUGAAACAAGUAAGAAAUUAUAGUCGGACCUGGCCGACCAUACAAAACUCUACACCAGUUGUGAGAAUAAAAUGUGAGUUAUCAUUCAUAAUAGAGCAUUUAUGUUGAGUUGCAUAUUGCCUCCGAUACAUUUAAGCAAUUGAUUGACAAAAAAAAAACUAAUUCUCUAAAAGACUUUUUAUAUGGGGGCUGGGAUAAAUAAAAAUUUUGCUGAUUGGUUUACGUUUACUUUAUGUAAACGUAUGUUUUUAUGCUGAAUUUCUUCGCCGCAUUUAUCCUUUUAAGUGAAUUUUGGAUAUUUAAGGCUUUGUAUGGGGGCUAAGAUCAAAUGAGGCCGGAUCAUUACAAAAUUCGGCAGGGUCAAUCAAUGGUAGUAUAAAACCAAGUUGUGCCUCUUUUUGUGGAGAUACGAAUAUAUUAAACAUAACUAAGAGCUAAAAAGCCCAAAUAGGAGGGUCCGGUUGUAUGGCAUCUAGAUGAAAUAAAUUAAUAAAUUACAACCAAAAUUAAUAAGGUUCGUCCUUGGGACAAAAUUCAUUAAAUUAUAUUUAAAAUUGCGACCUGUACAUUGAUUACAAGGUUUAAUGGACGGACGAAGGACAGAUGGACGGACAUACUUGAUUGACCCAGCAAACAAUUCUAAGUCGAUUGGUUUACUUUAAAGUGUGUGUAGGACAAAUACUUUUGUGCGUUACAAACAUUUACACACUAUAGUGGUAUAGGGUAUCUCAAUAAAACAUCAAUUUCAUUUGAUAUUUGGAUGACAAAUAGAAAUUUGAAUUCUAAAUUUCCAUUUAAUUCAAUAAAAUAAAUGUUUUUUAUUUAUAUUGUUAUAUCAAACCACGGUUUGCUGGGAUAUUACAAAUAAAAAUACAUAAAUGUUUAUUUAUUGUCUGGGUAUUUGAUAUGUAUUGACAACAAAUGAAGAGUAUAAAAGCUUAUUAAGCAAUCUCCAUCAUUUUCAUAAACUUGAACAAAUUCUUGCGAUAUUUGUCUAUUUAUGUAUAUUUUAAGUCUUAUUAAAAUUAAAAUUUCAAAUUAAAAAGUUUGUGAACUUUCUUUAUACAUACAAAUGUUUAUGUACAUGUAUGUAUGUAUACUUGAAAAAUUUAGAACAAAUGUUUGCGUAUCUUAAAUACAAAAUGGACAUUGUUAACUUUGCUUCUAUGCUCUUGAGAAAAAAGUUUUAAGUAUUUCAAGAGUGUGAUCAAACGAUAAAAUAUUGAAAAAUUUACACACUCAUAAAAACACACCAAUGACCGACCGCCAGUUGUCAUACACUAAAAAAUCAAAAUAGUUGUUUAGUAUACAAGAAAACUUCAAAAAGAGCUUUAAAGUUUUCAAUAACAUUCAAACUAAUUUUUCUAUAAAAUACUACCUUACUAACUCAUAAAGCUUUUAAGAUUGUCGCUAUUGAAAUCUUUAAGGUUUUUAAUUAUUCUUUUUUAUUUAAUAAAAACACAUUCAAUAACAAUAAUUUUUCAUGACGAAAUCCUUAUUUAUUAGUUAAAAAUUAAGAGAAAAGUCCCCAAAAAUAAUAUUUAUUAUAUUUUUAAAUGUACAGAAAUCAGAAGCUUUUCAAGCGUCCCGGUUUGGAAAAGAACUUAAUGCAUAUAUUAAUUAAUUUAAAAUGUUUUUAGCUUUAAGAACGUAAAUUAAUUGUUGUUAUACAUUUUUUAACUCAUUAAUAUUGUGAUCAUUUUAUAAAGAUUCACUUAAAAACACACAUACAAACAUACAAAAAACCCUAAAUCUAGAUUUUAAAAAUUAUAUUUUUUCUGCUUAUAAUAUUCACCGAAAACAAAACAACAAAUGCUUAAUUAAUUGAAGUAGUUUAAGUGUGAAAAAUCUCUCUCUCUCUGCGUACAAACAAAUAAUUCUUUAAUUUAUUAUAGUAUUUCUAAUAUUUUAAAUUACACAGUUCAAUUACUGCCAUUUUAAACAACUUUUUUUAAUUUAUUAAACUUAAAUUAUUUUUAAUUAAUUUUGAAAACUCCCCUAACUAAAAUUAGAAAAUGGAAUUGCACUAACCUGCUUUCAUUAUUGACAUACAUAUGUCAAUAAUGACAUAAUAAUAGAGUGUCCCGAAGAACAAACAGCUUUUUAGGAAUUCCAUGUAGGAAUACCUCGCAAUCGAUGCAUAUUAAUGUACUAAACAAGACAAAAAUAUAAAAUAUUUUUUAAUGGUCCUCAGUUCCCUACCAGCGAUUGAAAAUCCUGACCUCGGUAUAAUUUUUGAAAAAUAAAAUAUCUUCGAUUUGUUCUAGAUGGGUCUCAAAAAUUCUGUUAAAGAGGCAUAAUAUUUUCACUUUUUAUCAAAAUGCAUAGGUGUCAAAAUUGUCCUAAUAAUAGUUUCACAUUUGGUAUAGUCCAUUUCAGAGUUUUUAAAUUUGUUUGGAAAUUAUAUGCCCCUUAUAAUACACUAAAAGUUGUUUUGCGGACCAGAAAUGCACUAACAAAAAUUUUAUUUAUUUUUCCCGCGAAAAAUAAUAAUAGAGUGUACACGGGACACCCUAAUGUACAUACAUAUGUAGGUACAUAUUUGAAUGUUUUACAAUAAAUCGUUCAGGUAGUGCUUUUCUGAUUAGUUUUGACUUCUUCUCAUUAAAACCUGAAAAUCUAACGAGUACGGAACUCAGAGCAAAAUAUAUAGUAGCUACAUUUUUAUUUACAGUGGAAUUAGAAAAGACAAAAAAAAACAAAUAUUUCCUUUUAAAAUUACAAAAGUAUUUGACUGUCUAUCACUCCACCACAUUCCUAUUAUUCAUGUACAUACAUAUGUAUGUAUGUACAAAUUGUUUGUUCUAAUAAAUAAUUUCUAAUGUGAAAUUUAGUUUUGUAAGAAAACACAAAUACAAAAUAUGAUAAAAAUAAAGCAGGGUUACACGUAUUUUUUAUAAAACCAAAAACAAAAAGUUAUUACAACUUACAUACAUUCAAAAAUAUAUUUGAGAAUUUAAAUUAUACAACAACAUUUAUUUUUUGAUACAUCGAGAGAUUUUUAGUUGUUUCAAAAGAAUGACAAGAGUGACAAGUAUUAAAUUGAAUUGCAUUGAAUUUGUAAAGAAAUACAACAAAUACAUUUACGAUCAAAUAAAAAGCAUAAAUAAUACAUAUUUUUAUUGCUUUUGUGAGUGCCAUAGUUUAAAAAAUCAUAUGGUCUUUGUUAGCAUUUUUUAUUUGUUUUUCGAAUAAUUUAAUUAUAAAAAGAAAAAUACCAAUUGUUUAUGAAAAUUUCAUAAAUUAAAAAUUUAAUUAGAGAACACUUAUUUAAUAUACAUAGUUAAAAACGAUAAAUUAAACGCAAAGAAAAAAAUAGCAGACAUAAUUUACAUACACAAAAUAUUUAGGUCGCAUUUGCAAGGAAACAGAUGACAUGAUUCCAUAUUCUUAGUGCCUGUAGUGGUAUGCGGACAGGACGAGUCAAUAUCUAGUACAGUUGUGUGAAUGUGGGCCUAUAUUUUAUUACCAUAAAUAUGUAAAUGAACAUGUUUGCAAGCCCAAAAAUAUUUAACGGCAUGAAAUGCAAAAGCACUUGAAUGAAAUAAUUGGAACCCUACGUGUCUCAGCCGUUGAUAAGUGGGACUUAAUAAUUGGAGGGAGAAUGUUCGAAGGGAGAAAUGAAAGAAAAAGCAAAACAAGUUAACAUUACAUGAUAUAAGUAGUUAGUAAUUUUAAAAGUUAAUAUACAUAAAAUUUAAAAAUUAAAUAAAUAAAAUGUGAAAAACUAUUAAAAUUAUUAUUUAAAUUUAAGACAGUCGCCAAUAUAAAUACAAAAUUAGAAAAAAAAACAAGUUUAUUUUAAUAAAUGUGUUCUGUAUAAACAAAUAUACUAUAUGUAUUAAUAACAAAGUAAAAUACCCCAUCAAUGAAUAAAUAUUAUUUCGAUAGUUCCAAACCAUCCAAGUACUGAGUACAUAAUGCAUUUUCUUUUUGAAAAACACACAUUUAUGCAUGAAAUUCAACAUACAUACAUAUGAACAUAAAAUCAAUUUAAAUAAUUAAUUGGAUUUGUAACGGAUUAUUUUUGUGAAAUAUUUGGCAUAUUGCACAGUGUAUGUACAUUAG